AUAACUCAUUUACAAUUAUUAAAUUAGCCGUUAACACCUCGUACUUUAACAUCUCUAGACCGAACAAAGAGAGAAGAAAGAGACCAAAUAAGCAGAGCAACAAUGGCGAAAGUAAAUCGCUCCAAUAUUGGUCUGUCACUGUUACUUUCUUUGUUGCUCUGCUACUUUAUCACCGAUCUUGAAGCUUCUUCUUCACACCAAGAUCUCAACCAACCGUACCGGACCGGUUAUCACUUUCAACCUCCCAGAAAUUGGAUGAACGAUCCUAAUGGACCAAUGAUAUACAAAGGAAUAUAUCAUCUAUUUUACCAAUAUAAUCCAUACGGCGCCGUUUGGGAUGUAAGAAUCGUAUGGGGACACUCCACGUCAGUUGACUUAGUCAACUGGACUCCACAGCCUCCAGCUUUCAGUCCAUCUCAGCCGUCAGAUAUCAACGGCUGUUGGUCUGGCUCCGUCACGAUUCUACCAGACGGCAAACCUGUGAUCCUCUACACCGGCAUUGACGAAAACAAAAGCCAAGUCCAAAACGUCGCCGUUCCGGUUAACGUCUCUGAUCCCUAUCUCCGAGAAUGGUCUAAACCGCCGCUAAACCCUCUCAUGACGCCUAACGCGGUUAACGGAAUCGACCCGGACCGGUUCCGAGAUCCGACCACCGCGUGGCUCGGGCUUGACGGAGAAUGGAGAGUCAUCGUCGGAAGCUCCACGGACGAACGCCGAGGGUUAGUGCUUCUUUACAAAAGCAGAGAUUUCUUCAACUGGACGCAAUCGACGAAGCCUUUACAUUACGAAGACUUAACCGGAAUGUGGGAAUGUCCUGAUUUUUUCCCGGUUUCGACAACCGGUUCGGACGGUGUUGAGACGUCGUCGUUCGUUCAGGAUGAGGUUAAGUACGUGCUUAAAGUGAGUUUGAUUGAGACACUACAUGAUUAUUACACGAUUGGGAGUUACGAUCGUGAGAAAGAUUUGUAUGUACCGGAUCUUGGGUUUGUGCAAGAUGAAACGGCUCCGAGGUUAGAUUACGGGAAAUACUACGCGUCGAAAACGUUUUACGACGAUGAUAAGAAACGAAGGAUCUUGUGGGGUUGGGUUAAUGAAUCGUCUCCGGCUAAAGAUGAUAUCAAGAAGGGUUGGGCUGGUCUUCAGUCAUUUCCGAGGAAGAUAUGGCUAGAUGAAUCGGGAAAGGAAUUAUUACAAUGGCCGAUUGAAGAGAUUGAGACAUUGCGUGGGACACAAGUCAACUGGCACAACAAAAUUCUUGAAGCAGGAUCUACUCUCCAAGUUCAUGGUGUCACUGCUGCACAGGUAUGACUCAUCCUUAUUCUUAACUU